AUGUGGAUGGUUGGAGAAAGAUUCUUAACAAAAUUUUCAAUAAAUUUAUUUAUCUUGUCAAUUGAUAUGAAUAAUAAUAAUUACAAUAUAGAUUAUAUAGAUUUAUUAUUGGAGUUUCUAGAGAUAUCUUUUCACACAAUUCUUUAUAUAAGAAAGGUUUAUGAUACUUGUGUAACAUUAGAUAGUCUAAAACCUCAUCUUAUCAAAGGUACUAUAGAGAAAGUUGUUUUAUCCAUUCUGAAUGAGUUUGAUAGACCUAUAGAGAGAUUUGUAUUCCAACUAAAUAAACAACAAGAUAAUAAUAAUAAUAGCAAUAACAAUAACAAUAAUAAUAUUAAUAAUAACAACAGCAAUAUUACAUUUAAUAACUUUAUGGUAAUAGAUGAUAAUAGUCAAAUUGACAAUAACAAUGAUCCAAAAGAUUAUUAUUUUAAUUUAAUAGCAAACAUUGAUAAACAACAACAACAACAACCACCUACAAUAAAUAAGCAACCAGCAAAGCAACAACAACAACAACAACAACAGCAACAACAACAGAUAAGUAGACCAAAUAUAGUUGAUAUUGAAGAUUCGUUUAGAUCUUAUUUAAAUCGAUUGUUGACAUCUGAAGCAUUUUUACCUAAAGUUAUUGGUAACAAUAAUAAGUUUCAAAUAAAUAUUUAUCAACUAUCGAAUGUAAAAGAUUCACUUGUAUCUGACAAUGCAGAUCAAUUGAAUAUAGAUCCUCUGCAUCCACCAGGUAAUAAUAAUAAUAAUAGAAACAGUGGAAACAAUAGUAAUUACAAACCGGUUUGGGUGAAUCAGAGUAGAGAGGAAGUAGAAUUAAAUGGUAUCAACAGCAUCAGUUUAAAACCAAUACCUGGCAUGGGAGUCAACUAUAAUAUUUUACAUACAACUUUUGAACAUCAAUAA